AUGACUGCCCAGACUUGCCCUUGGGGAGGGAUGACCAUCCCCAUACAAGGAGGUCUCGAAAUUUGCUCAAGAUACCGAUCGGAUUCUCUUAUUAGUACACAAGUCCCCCUGGCGGACUUUGGGCAAACUACUAAAGACUACUCGUUGAACGUUGAACGAGCGAAGCCGCGGAAGCGUGGCAGGGUCCCGCGGCACCUAAAUUUAAAUUUGAACCACGUAGUUGUGCUUAUGCCUUCCACUGUCAUUCAUACGGCACACCCAAUUCUUCGGAGAAAAUGGCGGCUGCGACACGCCACAAAAUCGGGGCCGUCGUUCAUGCGAGGUCACAAAGGAUUACCAUCAAAUAAGAAGUACACCGAGCCAGGAAGAGCAAAUCCUUCGUCUCCACUAAACCCACCGACUCGACCAUUGGAAUGGGGCGAUAUCAAUAUCAUUCAUACCACGGACAGUCACGGAUGGCUUCUCGGUCACCAAAAGGCUUCGUUCCCGGAGCCCAACUACAGUGGUGACCUAGGUGACUUUUCGUCGUUCGUGUCGCAUAUGAAGAAGAUAGCAGUCGAGAAAGAUGUGGACCUUCUGCUCGUGGACUCCGGGGACCUACACGAUGGCACCGGUUUAUCGGAUGGUUACCCUCCCGGCGGUGUCGAUGGUCAUGAAACUACUAAGUUUCUCGCCGAACUUCCUUACGAUGUCAUGGCCAUUGGAAACCACGGGCUAUACUCUUACGCUAACACUCUUGACAUGCAUCAAUAUCUGGCACCGAAGCUGAACGGUCGAUAUCUUUCGUCCAAUGUCAAUAUUACUUUGGCCGAUCAGAACAACAACACUGUUGAUGUUCCCGUGGGUAGCCGAUUUGCCAAGUUCAAGACACGGAAGGGCCGAACGGUUACCGCACUUGGAGUUAUCUUUGACUUCACCGGAAAUGAUCAAAACACCACUGUCCAGAAAGUCGAAGAUAUGGUCAAAGAGUCGUGGCUCAUGGAAGCUAUCAAUGAUGAACCUGACUUUUUCCUGUUAACCGGACACAUGCCAGUUUCUCGUGAUAAUUGGCCGUUGGUUUUCAAUGCUAUUCGCGCCGUUCAUGCAACAACACCUAUUCUCAUUCUCGGUGGUCACACUCACAUCCGGGACUGCGUUCAGCUUGACGGCCGAUCUAUGUCACUUGAAAGCGGACGUUGUAUGGAGACCGUCGGUUGGAUGAGUGUUAAGCUUGACGCUCAGAAUGGUUCCAACAUUCUUAUUUUUAGCCGACGCUACUUGGAUGCUAAUCGUGUCACUUAUGAGUAUCACACCCAAGAAAGCCAGUCUUCUUUCGAUACAAAGAAAGGACAAGCAAUAACUACGGGAUUGACUCAACUCGCUGUUGACUUUGACUUAAACUUUACAUUUGGAAUAGCCCCACAUGACUUUACAAUCACCCGGGCACCAUAUCCCUCCAACGACUCUCAAUUAUCCCACUUUGCUGAAUUGGCUACACCGUAUGCAUUAUCUGUCAACAACAGCCGUGCCGACGUCCCCAACUACAUACUCAUCAACUCCGGUGGGCAGCGUUUCGACAUCUACGCCGGACCAUUCACCAAGAACGAUCAGUUUACCGUUGCUCCAUACACUAAUACGUUCUUCUAUGUGUCUGAGGUGCCGCUUUCUGUGGCACUGGAUACCCUGAAGACUAUGAAUGAGAAUGGUGAAGAGCGUCGGAAGAGGAGCCUGGAGUGGGAGGAGAUGUACAGACGAGGAGAUGUGUGGGCCAGGUACAUGGACUGGAUCAGCGAAAUGAAUCAAAGAUUUAUCGAGAUGGGAAGACAUGAUACGAAUAAUUUGACAUUGGGAUAUGUUACUACUGAUUCCUGCCCGGGUGUUGGCGACGAUAUCAUUCACACGCUGCUUCCAUUUUACUCUAUACCCGACUUCGUUGGGUCCAACCCACCGAACGUCUCGAACGACACACUCAUUGAUUUUGUCUUCGUCGACUUCUUGGUGAAUCAGGUGGUGGAGACUUUGAAUAUUGUACAGUCGGAUAAGGAAUAUACGUCGGAUGAUGUGGGGGCAUAUAGUACGCUUGAGACAAACGAAAUCCUGGGCAUACACCCGUCGCUUAAGAUAAGGGCGCAUCGCACACUUUCUGGCAGACUCUCUCCUCUUACAAACUCUGACGACAAAGUUUAUUCAACAAUGACUUCUUUUUCUCCAGCCUCACUCCUUUUGACGCUCAUUGGCUCCGGUUCUCACAUUUUCUUCAAGAGAUUCGAACCUAGAGUUCUUCCAUUCUUCUCUCUUGUGAUUGCAUACUUUGUCUCUGCGUUCCUUUUUGCUCUUUUCGAGACUAGAGAUGUUCUGUAUAGCAAUAUCUUUGCAUUUGUGGCAGUCAAUGAUUUCUUCGCUGGUCUUUCUGUGUCUAUUGGUGUAUAUCGACUCUCCCCGUGGCAUCCGCUAUCCAAGUACCCACGUCCUACUCUUGCAAAAAUCAGCAAAUGGUAUAUGAGCUACUGGACUGCAUCGCAUAUACGGGCCUUGGGUGCGAAUAGUGAUAUCAUGAGCGACAUGUCGUUUUCUGGUGGCUUCGAGACCAUGGCAGCUGGAAAAGACACUGAAGGUUGGAUAGAGGUGUUGCAUAUGGGAGCCCUAUUUGUCGGUGUGCUAGGACAGGUUCCUUGGAUGCAAGAUAUUAUUGCCUUGGCACCCUCCCCAGGACCCAUCAUCACUUUUCAGCAGUUUGCUGGUAGAAAGGCUGAGGAGACGAGUCAAAAGAAUUCCGGGAUGCGUCAGGACAUUUUGAGCAUAAUUAAAGAUGAAAGUUCCGGUGGCCUUAAACUUUCGAAACUCCAAGCGUCUGCGGAUGCUUCUUUUAUCGUGCUGGCUGGAUCUGACACCAUCAGUGAGGCCAUGGUCUCUUUGAUGAGAUACCUCGUUGGCGACCCUAAGUUCAGGCAACGUUGCGUGCUGAACUCAACAGCUCAUUUGGUGGUCCUAUCGAGGAAGCACUUCGGAUUGUACCACCGGUUGCGGCAAGGUCCUCCACGUUGGAACGGCGAAAGUGGUACACAUGUUUUGGACCAGUAUAUCCCUUCUGGUACCUCUGCAGCCUGUCCCGUUUUCGCAAUGUAUCGUGACCCUUGUAACUUUGUUGAUCCUGACUCCUUUCGUCCUGAGAGAUGGUUAAAUGGAGGUAUUGGUGGUCCACACUGCACGGAAGCAUACAUUCCCUUUUGCUAUGGCCCUGGAGUGUGCAUCGGUAAGCCCGUUGCGAUUUUUAAUAUGAAGUGGUUGGCUGCAAGCAUCAUCAGAUCGUUUGAAGUUAGCUUCCCGGCUGGCUUUGAUGUGAACAAAUUCGACGCAUCUUAUGAGGAACACAAUAUUUGGGUCCACGAUGAGCUCGUCGUUGAACUGAGGUCCUUACCUGAAGCUUGAUCGUCGUGAUUGUUCUUGACAUGAGUCGUGGCGACAUUUUACGCUCAGUUCAUAUACUCCUGUUGAUCUAUUUCAGCAUUGCUCCUCGCCUAUGUAUCUGCUGAAAUAUCAUAAAGGCUUGAGACUGC